UGGCAUUUAUUGCAGCAUAGUUAUUUAGCAUUUGAAAAUGGGAUCACACUUUUCUUGUGUUAAAUGUGUAGAUGUUUCUGACAGUGUGGACAAUUUACACAAAAAGGAGAAAGGCAAGAGGAAGGCAAAAACCAAUAAGACCAGCUCAAGUCAAGAUCAGACUUCUCAGCAUGUCACCAGUACCAGUGAGGCUGAAGUCCUCAGCGUUGCAGAGGAACCUGGUCAUGCUGAAGUCGAUGACGAGUGGAGUGACGACACCUUCCAGGACUUAUUCGGAGAUUCGUCGGAAUGGGGUGCCGACGUCCUCAACUCUUUGAGCUGUUUCUUGAGUGUUGACGUCCUCCAAGCUACAGUCAGUGCCACAUCUGACUAUAGAGUUCCAGUCCGAGAUGUGGCCUCUUAUAGAGCCAAUAUCCCUCGAGUUCCAGUCCAAGAUGUGGCCUACUAUAGGGCCAACGUCCCUCGAGUUCCAGUCCAAGAUGUGGCAGACUGCAGUGUGGACGUCCCUCAAGUCCCAGUCAGCACCACAUCAGCUCCAGGCUUGGAUGUGGCUGACUGUUGUGUUGAUGUCCCUCGCGUUCCAGUCCAAGAUGUGGCAGACUGCAGUGUGGACGUCCCCCAAGUCCCAGUCAGCACCACAUCAGCUCACUGUGAUGAGGCUGACUGCUGUAUUGAUGUCCCUCAAAUUCCCAUCUGUGUAGGCCGGUGCCGGUAUCAAGUUUUCAGGCCGUACAUCCCAGUCAGCACCACAUCAGCUCCAGUCCGAGAUGUGGCAGACUGCAGUGUGGACGUCCCCCAAGUCCCAGUCAGCAACACAUCAGCUCACUGUGAUGAGGCUGACUGCUGUAUUGAUGUCCCUCAAAUUCCAAUCUGUGUAGGCCGGUGCCGGUAUCAAGUUUUCAAGCUGCGAUUAACUGAUUGAGCUUUUAUCAAGGUAUACGGUAUUAUCACAAUAUUUUAAUUGCACAAGAGAAACGGAUGGAUUGGGGAGAUGUUAAAAAAAAAAACUUGCAUCACAAUAGGUGUAAUUGUGAUUGUCAAAACAUUUGGUAACUUAACAGAAUUUUAUUAAGUUUAGUGACAUGUUACAAUGUUUACAUGGUAGCCUACAAUGACAUACGUGUUUUGCUACAGACUGUAGUGUCAACGUCCCCCAUGUCGGACCGACAGGGGACACUG